AUGCUAAAGACACUGGAAAGAUUAUGUGACAAAGAGCUCAAGGAAACGGCAUUGAAGAACAUACAAAUCCACCCAAACCAACAUGCCUACAGUCAAGGUAAAUCGACAGAUUCAGCGCUACACGCUGUAGUUAGUAACAUAGAAAAUGCGCUAAUGAUGAAGAAUUCUUGCCUGGGAACCUUCAUUGAUAUAGAGGGAGCCUUUGAUAAGACCAAUUUCAGCAGCAUUCAACAAGCACUACAAAGACACGGAACAAAUCCACUCAUAAUUGGAUGGAUAAUGAAUAUGUUAAGACAAAGAAGAAUAAAACUAUCCGAAAAUCAAGACCACCAGGCACUAGUUAUGAGGGGAUGCCCCCAAGGAGGGGUACUGUCGCCACUACUCUGGAACUUGGUGGUAAAUGAUUUGAUAACAAAACUGAACGAAAAGCACUUCAUUACCAUAGGAUAUGCAGAUGACUUAGUCAUACUAAUCAGCGGCCUGGUAAUCAGUACACUGUGCAAUCUCACACAGACAGCACUGAAAAUAGUAGAGAAAUGGUGCACGGAGAAUGACCUAUCGGUAAACCCUAAGAAGACCGACACAAUUCUCUUUACACAUAAACGGAAAUUGGGCAUAUACGAAAUGCCGACACUAUUUGGCACACGACUGACACUUUCAAAAGAGGUGAAAUAUCUAGGCAUAAUCCUCGACGACAAACUCAACUGGAGUAAACACCUAGAACAAAAACUAAGCAAAGCAACAGUGGCUUUCUGGCAAUGCCGAAGGAUGGUGGGCAAGAAAUGGGGUCUUGCUCCCCACAUCAUACUGUGGCUAUACAAAAUGGUAAUAAUGCCGAUGAUCAGCUAUGGUGCUAUUGUAUGGUGGCCCCGCACCAAGCAAACCACGGCAAUAGACAAGCUAAAUAAAACACAACGACUAGCAUGUGUAGCAACAACGGGAUGUAUGAGAACCACUCCGACAGCAGCGUUAGAAAUAAUGCUAGGACUCUUACCCCUACACAUAUAUAUACAAAAGGAAGCUGCAGCCACAGCCCUCCGACUGAAAGACCUAACCCUAUGGACAAAACUCAACUCAACGCACAGAAUAAUAUAUGGCGACAUGAUCUCAAAACUGCCGAUGCUAGAAGCGCCAGUGGACAAAAUACCAAAAACCACGAUCUUCUGCAAAAAAUACACGACAUUGCUAACAGAAGAUCCAAAAGAAGGACUACACCAAACAAAUCUAAGAAUAUUUACAGACGGAUCAAAAACAAAAGAGGGAACAGGGUGUGGAGUCUUCUCAGAAGAUUUAAACAUACACAUAUCCAAGCCCCUAGGUGAACACAGUACGGUAUUCCAAGCCGAAUGUGUAGGAAUAAUAGAAGCUUGCAAUGCCAUAAAGAGACGACAGGUAAAACAUGGAAACAUACUGAUACUAUCAGACAGCAAAUCAGUGCUUCAGGCACUAGACAGCCCGAAACUUACCUCGAAACUAAUACUAGAAUGUCAUCAAAGACUCACUGAAGUGUGUGAAGAGGACAACAAAGUAACACUACAAUGGAUAAAGGGGCACAGUGGAUCAAGAGGGAAUGAUGCAGCGGAUGAACUGGCCCGAGAAGGAUCAGCCACACCGGCAUAUGGCCCCGAACCCAUCAUACCCCUACCAGUAUCAUAUAGGAAAAACCAACUUAGUCAACACUACAAACAGCUACACAACAAAUACUGGGUAGAGUUAGACACAUGUAGACAAACUAAAGAAACUCUUGCUGAACCUAAUACAAAGCUCACAAAAAUCCUACUCAGAACACCCAGACAGCAACUGCGCAAACUAGUAGGAUUAAUGACAGGACACAACACACUGAACAAACACCUCAAUAACAUAGGUAUAACCGAUAGCCCCAUGUGCAGAGCGUGCAUGGAAGCAGAAGAAACCACCAAACACUUUCUUCUAGAGUGUAAACAGGUAGAAGUAUAUAGGAACAAGUAUCUAGGUACGCCAAACACACUGAAAGAGGUAUUUAGCAACCUGAAAACACUGCUAGGAUUCGUAGAGGAGCUAGGGUGGUUGGAGUAG